CAAGUUUCCCCGACGAAGAUUCCCCAUUCUCCCAUCCAAGUCACAAAAGCCCAUCGUCACAAUGGCCUCCCGCGUCGUCGCCCGCCGUUUCUUCACCACCGCCUCCCGCCGGUUCCAGGAGGCUCACCAGAAGGCUGAGCUCAAGAAGGAGACCCGUCAAAACCCCGAGCUUCUGAUCCUCGGCGGUGUCAUGGUCGCUGCCCUCGGCGGCGCUGGCUUCUACUUUGGCCGAUCUCCCACUGGCGCCACCUCCGAGUCUCCCGUCAACAUCGCCAAGGACGGCCACCCCUGGGAGAGCGGCUCCUCUGGCAAGUACAAGUACCACCCCGGUGGUGACCCCAGCCAGGAGCCCAAGGACGCCCCCAGCGCCCUCAACGUCGUCGUCGUCCCCAACGUCACCCUCCCCGCCGAGCUUCACGACAAGUACAACAAGUGGGGCAAGGACGGCUACCCUUAAAGCGAUCGAUCAAUAGCCGGGAAAGGGAUUUUUGGAAGCUGUCACGCGCGAGCAUGUAUCUGUAGGGAAGUCGGAGGGGAGAGCGAGUUGGUUCAAUCCUCUAGCCCUGUGUAGAAGAAAGACGAAGGACGCGAUGGGCUCGAGUUUUGCAACCACCCAUAGUUCACACACGAUGCGCCACAAUAUUUUCUAGCUUUGUGUCUGUAACUACGGCUUGUUUCGUUGUCAA